GUGUGACAAUUACAAUUUAUUUACAUAGAGUAGUCUAACAUAGUAAACUAAAUAUGAUUUUCGGCAAGGUUUUCAAGUCGAAAAAUGUCUAAUUCAGCUAUUUCUGUUAAAUAGUCUAAAUCUUCCUCUAGCAGGUUUCCGUCUUGGGAAAAUUGCGUCACACCGACAACAGCAAUUUAUCAUGGAGGAAUAUGCCCGUGAACCUUGUCCAUGGAGAAUAAUAGAUGACUGUGGGGGUGCAUUUACAAUGGGGGCCAUUGGUGGCGGGGUCUUCCAGUCCGUCAAAGGCUUUCGGAAUGCCCCUGUGGGUGUACGACACAGACUAAAAGGCAGUGCAAAUGCUGUGCGAAUUAGAGCACCACAGAUUGGUGGCAGUUUUGCUGUGUGGGGCGGGCUCUUCUCCACCAUCGACUGCAGCCUGGUACGGCUGCGUGGGAAAGAGGACCCUUGGAACUCCAUCAGUAGCGGAGCCAUGACAGGAGCUAUUCUGGCAGCGCGCAGUGGGCCCUUUGCCAUGGCGGGUUCUGCUAUGAUGGGGGGCAUUCUACUUGCCCUGAUUGAGGGCUUUGGCAUCCUUCUCACUAAAUAUACAGCACAGCAAUUUCAGAACCCAAGUCCAUUUCUGGAAGACCCUAGUCAACUGCCUCCAAAAGAUGGAAACCAUGGGCAAGAGAAUCAGGGUUAUGGACAUUAUCAAUAGAGCUGUUAUGCCUUUGAGACUGUGAAACGGAAGAUUGAAGGGGAGGUCCUUGGAAUGUAAAAUCUUCAGAUGCUAUGGUGCCUGCUGGAGUUCUGGUGGUUCUCUACCUUCUCCUCUGUUGGGUCUGUAUAUAGGUAAUUACUCAGGGCAGUAUGUCAGUUAUAGUAUUAGAUGCAAAGCAACUUGCUUAUAAUGUAGCUGACUUGCAAAUAUAUAAAGAUGUUAAAUACUAGACAACAAUGACAGACUACAAAUGCACAAAGCUUGAUCAUUUUUCAUUUUCCAACCAACUUGCGCCACCUGGUAAGCGGUACAGCAGACCUCUGAAGAUUUUUUUUAAAUGUCUCAUGGUAAUUCUAAGUGGUAGCGAAACAGCCCAGAUCAGUGUUCUUUAUCUAGGCUGUGAAGAUGAACCCUGGCACUGCACCAGGGGUACUGUGUAAGAGUGGUGUUUCACAUCUCUGACACUGUGUGUCCUUUUUUAAAAUCUGCAAGUUGUGAUAUACACUUCAGUGUUUGUUCCCGUUGAACAGGGAACUGUCGGCAGCAGUCAUACAUUAAGAUGUACAAAAUUCAGUUUAGAAAAUUAUUUACCAUUACCAGCACAGUAAAAUCUACUGUUUACUGAAACAUUGGAAAAGGUAAGCGCACUGAGUAUUUUACAGUAGCAUAAAUGCCACUUUGAACUCUAUCAACAUUAUAAUGUAUUCUUAUGCUCUACUUAAACAAUUUUAAUAGAAUUUGUAUUUACUUUUGUAAAACAAAAUAGCUAUAAAGGUUACAGGCAGCAAAAAUCUGUUAUAAUAAUGAGUUUGGGGGAUAUACCUUUACCUCUUCAAUUCAAAAUAUUUCCACUGUCAUAACUUUUCCUGUGACAUCACACGUGAAAGGUAAUUGGUACAUUUUGUUGUGCACUGUACUUACAGCAGAAAUUCCUGUAUUCAUUAGCCUUUAGCUUGACCCAAAUUUGUUUUGGAAAUACACAUGUUGAAAUAUUUGUGAAUUAUUUUAAUAUGGAGAAAGGGGGCGCAUUUUUGUGCAUUUUUUAGUUUGACAUUAUUUAUUGUCACUUAGGUAGAGAAUGUUGUAUAAAUAAAGUAUAUUGUGGUUGAA